AUGAGUCCCAACUCUCAUUGUUUUCCUACAGGUCAAACUCUGCUGACAGUCCAACAUGACAUUAAGGCUAAUCUGAAACACAAGUACCAACACAUAUCUGAAGGAAUUGGACACCAUGGAAACCAAAGUCUGUUAAAGGACAUCUACACAGAGCUCUACAUCACAGAGGGUGGAAGUGGAGGGCUCAAUAAUGAACAUGAGGUUAGACAGUUAGAGAUGGCAUUCAAGAAACAAACCACACAAGAGACAUCAAUCAAAUGCAACGACAUCUUCAAGCCUUUACCUGGACAAGACAAACCUAUCAGAACUGUGCUGACCAAAGGAAUCGCUGGCAUUGGAAAAACAGUCUCUGUGCAAAAGGUCAUCCUUGACUGGGCAGAGGGAAAAGCAAAUCAGGACGUUCAUUUCAUGUUUCCUCUUCCUUUCCGUGAUCUGAACCUGAAAAAGGACCAAUACAGUCUGAUGCAACUUCUUUCCCAUUACUUCUCAGAGCUGAAAGAGAUUGACAGCAUUGAAGAUGGUGAAACCAAAACUGUUUUCAUUUUUGAUGGUCUGGAUGAGUGUCGACUUCCUCUAGACUUCAAAAACAAUGAGAAGUGCUGUGAUGUCACGAAGCCAACCUCAGUGGACGUGCUGCUGACAAACCUCAUCAAGGGGAAUCUGCUUCCCUCUGCUCUCCUCUGGAUAACCUCACGGCCUGCAGCAGCCAAUCAGAUCCCUUCUGAGUGUGUUGACCAGGUGACAGAGGUACGAGGGUUCAAUGAUCCACAGAAGGAGGAGUACUUCAGGAAGAAGAACACAGAUCAGAAUCUGGCCAAUAAAAUCAUCAAACACAUAAAGACAUCAAGGAGCCUCCACAUCAUGUGCCACAUGCCAGUCUUCUGUUGGAUAUCAGCCACUGUCCUUGAGAUGAUGCUGAAAGAGGCAGAGAAGGAUGAAGUCCCCAAAACUCUGACCCAGAUGUACUCACACUUCAUGCUCAUCCAAAUCAUUGUGAAGAACAAGAAGUACAACAAAGCCACAGAGACAAACCCAAAGGAACUGUCUCAGUCAGACAAAGAGAUGAUCCUGAAACUGGCAAAGCUGGCUUUCCAACAGCUGCAGAAGGGCAACCUGAUCUUCUAUGAGGAGGACCUGAGAGAGUGUGGCCUUGAUGUCACAGAGGCAUCAGAGUACUCAGCAUUGUGUACAGAGAUCUUUAAAGAAGAAUCUGGGCUGUACCAAGACAAGGUCUACAGCUUUGUGCAUCUGAGCAUUCAGGAGUUUCUAGCAGCAGUGCAUGUUUUAGAAUCAUGUCUGGACAAGAAUGAAAAUGUUUUCUACCCCAAAGCAGUCCCUACUGAUGAGGAUGAUGAGGAGGAGUCAAUCCAGUUGUCUGACUUACACGAGAGUGCAGUGGACCAGGCCUUGAAGAGUAAGAAUGGACACCUGGACCUGUUCCUUCGCUUUCUUCUGGGUCUCUCACUGGAGUCCAAUCAGAAUCUGUUACGAGGCCUUCUGACACAGACAGGAAAUUCAACACAGACCAAUGAGGAAACAGUUGAGAGAACAGUCAGGUACCUUUCAUACAAGAUCAAAAGGGUAUCCUCACCAGAAAGGAUCAUCAACUUGUUCCACUGUCUGAAUGAACUUGGUGCCAACUCUCUAGUUGAAGAUAUGCAGACCUCCCUGCGAUCAGGAACUCUUUCAGAAACAGAGCUAGAACCUGACCAAUGUUCAGCCCUGGCCUACCUGUUUCUGAUGUCAGCGGAGGUGCUGGAGGAGUUUGACCUGAAGACAUACAACACAACAGAGAAAGGUUAUCAGAGGUUGCUGCCGGUAGUGAAAACCUGCAAGAGAGCACUACUGGAUCACUGUAAACUGACAAAUAAAUCCUGUGAGACUCUGACCUCAGCUCUGCAGACACCAAACUCCCCCCUGAGAGAACUGGACCUCAGCUACAGUGACCUGGGAGACCGAGGAGUGCAGCUGCUCUGUGUUGGACUAACCAGUCCACUCUGCAACAUACAGACACUAGUGUGA